CGGGUCAGAGGACAGCAACACACACAACUAACCAAGCCAUCAAGUGGCAAGCUGUACUCCGAGGCUCCCCGUGGAUAUUUUCACUGUUUCCUCACCUGAAAGAUGUGGAUGGGCACAAUUUAUCCGUAAAAGGGGGGCUUGCCAUUCAAUAGUAAAGGCGGAGCGCUGCUGAUGAAAAAGUGAGGCAAACUGUUGCUCAUGGAGACCGACUGGCAGCAGUGGAGUGAAAGCGAGGAAAGUCAGGAGGAUGGCUUCACCUCAGAGGAGCGCUAUGCCAUUGAGCCGUGCUGCCACCCCCGACUAGACACAGACAUUGAGGCAGUUAGGAGUCUCUAUUCCGACAGUGCGGUCUGCACCAGGGAAUACCACUCACUUGAUAACGUGGACGUGGACUUGAGCAUUAAAGCCAACUUUUUGGAUGAGGAGGUGGCCAAGGCCUGGAGUGUAAAUCCAACAGAGCCCAUCACUGUGCGCCUGAACUUUUCUUUGUGUCAGUAUCUCGAUGGACCAGAACCCACAGUUGAAGUCUUUCAGCCAUCUAAUAGACAUCAUUUCAAGCUUGGACAACAACUGCAGAGUGUUCUUGCAGCCUUCGUAUCCCGAGAAUGGAAACACCUCACAAAUGACAACACGGUAGUCCGUCAGAAGAGGAAACACAGUUGGUUCAGGACUAGCGGAACCAUGAAGAAAUUUCGUGCCAGACUCAGCAUCUGGAUGCCACUGUCAAAAUCCAACACACUCCAAGACCGCAGCCUGAGAGGAAGGAUUGUUUUGCCUCCCAUGAAACUGAGCCAAUUCACCAAUCACACAACUUCGUACAACAUCAAGAACCCAUCGGGAGAGCUCCUCACUUACACCCCCAGUGGAAAGAGAGUGGUGGUGUCAGGAGUGAAAUCGUCAGCUCAACUCAGCGCCAAGCAGGUGAUAGAGCUACUGUUCUUCUCUCAGGCCAUCGGGCAUUGUAAGACCACCCCGACUCUCCAACACGGCUUUUUGGUGCAGGUUAUGAGGUAUGCAGAGCAGAGAAUCUCCACGCUGAACGAAUACUGCGUAGUUUGCGAUGAGAGACAUGUUUUUCAGAACGGCCCCAUGUUGAAGCCUGCAGUGUGCACCAGGGAACUAUGCGUCUUUUCCUAUCACACCAUGGGGGUUAUGUCCGGAGCAACAGAGGAGGUCGCCACAGGUGCAGAGGUGGUCGACCUGCUGGUGGCCAUGUGCAGGGCAGCUCUACAGUCCUCACGCAAGAGCAUUAUAUUUGAACCUUACCCAUCUGUUGCAGAUCCAAACAACCCCAAAAUUCUGGCUUUUAGUCCAAAGAGGAAGAGCUAUGAGAGGCUACAAAAGGCCCUAGACGGUGUCCUGCUAAUUCGGAGGAUGGCACAGGGUCCAUAUUCUGAAAUUAAAAAGCAGAUGGACAGGAUAGACCCUCUUGCAAUUCCUUUACUACAAUGGAUUUUAUCGAGCAACAGAUCUCACAUUGUCAAGCUUCCAGCCAGCAGGCAACUGUCAUUUAUGCACACGCCUCACCAGUUCCUGCUCAUCAGCAGUCCCCCCAGCAAAGAGGCUCGUUUUCAGACCGCCCGCAAGCUUUACGGCAGCACUUUUGCUUUCCAUGGUUCCCACAUUGAAAACUGGCAUUCCAUUUUAAGGACCGGUCUCGUUAAUGCCUCCAAUACCAAGUUUCAGAUGCAUGGAUCUGCAUACGGCAAAGGCAUCUACUUAAGCCCAAUCUCGAGCAUAUCGUUUGGAUAUUCUGACAUGGGAAAGGGACAACACCAGAUACCAACCAAAGAGGAACUCCUGAGGAAAUACAAUCAAAUAAAUGAAGUCCAACAGGAGCAGCCUGGCAGGUUUCUGCAAAGCAGGAACCUAAACUGUGUCGCGCUUUGUGAAGUAAUAACCACAAAGGACCUUAAAAAGCACGGGAGCAUCUGGGUGUGUCCCAUAUCCGACUACGUGUGCACCCGUUUCCUGUUUGUGUAUGAAAAUGGUCGCGUGGGAGAUGUCCACAUCAACACUCAGGACACCGAGAUUCACAGACAAAUUUUACAUGUCAUUGCAACCAAGCCAAGCUGAAAAAAAUAUCCUCAAAUGAUGACUUUUCUUUUAGCUCGCAUUAUACGGAGAAUACAUCUACUAUACAGGUGAUCCCAUGACGUUUUGGGGUUACAAACAUGCUCCCAUAAAUGGAUUUAAAACUUAAUUCUGGUCCAUAACCACGAGUCUCACUCCAGAACAAGAAUGCAGUGUGUGCCACACCGAGGAAGAAUAACAUCACUUCAUUAUGUCAGUGUGCCAAAGAAAAGGAAAGCCAUCACCGUGGAAGUGAAAAUGAACAUCAUAAAAGGUCAGAGAGAGUGGAUACCUCCCCCACCCCCCCGACAUUGGCUGCUAUUUGCUUGACUGUCUCGGGUCCCUGACACGAUUCAUCAACCGUGCUUAAAUAUGUUGGAUAUUGUUUGUAAUCAUGUUCAACAUCAGUGGUCACCAACUUUUUUCACACCAACGUCCCUGGUGCCCACCCCCCAAACAGGAUUUCUCAUUGUGCCUUUUACUAUACUUUUUUUUUUUUAACCAUUUUUACUGUUUUUUUUUUUUUACAUUUUAUUUCGUUCCUGCAAUGAUGCAAUGACAAAUGAGCCACAGGCAGUGGUGGUUCUGGCUUGAAUGAAGCCCUGUGCGCGCCCCCCCGCCCCCAUUUCUUUUCGUACACAUUUACACGACUAGUUUUUCUUUACAAAACCUUUUUCUUGUAAGUUAUACCUUCAUCUUUGGUCUCUGGUUUUCCGCAUCUUCUUUCUAAAUUGUGCACCGGAUAGUUUUGGCUUUCUCUCUUCCAGUUUUGUUGACAAAAAUAGCUGCAAAUAAUUCAAUAUAAAAAAUGGGCGACAUUCCAAACCCGCGGCCCCAAUCCCGAAGACACGACAUAUUUUCUCAAAUGCGACUAGCGACAAAUCUAGCGACUUUGUCUGGCAUCGUUGGGAUUAAGGUGUUUGUCUCUCAUACGAGGUUAUGCUUUUCCCCUUGGGCAUUUUACAACAUCAUAUGCAAAUGAUAUGCAAAUUAGGCUAUGACAUCAUCUAGCCAAUAGCUACUUUUUGUAGCGCCCUGCAGUGACACCACAUAGCUGCUUCAGGUGAGCUGCCUGUUGGUUUCUCUUUGGUUGUUUUGGUUUGGUUUUCCUUCCUUGCUUAUGUAUUGUGUUCUCAUUUCAGACCCCGGGCUGUCGUGAUGGGAGGAGCUACCUGACAAGCUGCAGGCGUUUCUUAUCUGUGCCACACCUUUUUAGGCACACCUGUGGCGGCAGGAGGGCGUCGUUCGAUUGCUCCACGUGCAUGCACGCCGCCUGCUUUUCGUCUUCUUCCGAGACGUUUGCCCGCCAACUCCUAGCUUUUGUUACAGAGAGAUUUCCUAUCCUCCGAUCUUCGCCUUCCUGCCUGCCAGGUAGCUUCUCCCAGUCUGUAGUUAGUAAUUAGAUAUCUUAGUUAGUAUUUUUCAUAAGCCUUUCUCGUGGUGCUUUUUUUCACGUUUGUUAUUUCUGCACCAUAGUUUUUUGUUAGUGCAUUUUUGCCUUGUGGCCGCUGUGCGCUGCAGAACGGCCAAUAAAAUUAAAAGACUCUUUUCUUCAA